GCCGCGGCGGAGCCCCUGCCCCGCUCGGCCUGGAGCGGACGGCGGCCCGACGGGCAUCGCCUCGCAGCGCGGGCGCCGGCAGAGCAGCGGCGCGCCCGUCCCCGCCGCGCCAUGCCGCUGGGGCACAUCAUGAGGCUGGACCUGGAGAGAAUCGCCCUGGAGUACGUCGUGCCCUGCUUGCACGACAUCGGCUUCUGCUACCUGGACAACUUCUUGGGGGAGGUGGUGGGGGACUGCGUGCUGGAGCGGGUGAAGCGGAUGCACCGCGACGGGGAGCUGGCCGACGGGCAGCUGGCCGGCCCCAGCCGCGGGGUGGCCAAGCGGCAUCUCCGCGGCGACCAGAUCAAGUGGAUCGGAGGCACGGAGGAGGGCUGCGAGGCCAUCAACUUUCUCCUCACGCUGAUAGACCGGCUGGUGAUGUACUGCGGGAGCCGGCUCGGCAAGUACUACGUGAAAGAGCGCUCCAAGGCCAUGGUUGCUUGCUAUCCUGGAAAUGGAACUGGGUAUGUUCGUCAUGUGGACAAUCCAAAUGGUGACGGGCGCUGCAUCACCUGUAUUUAUUACCUGAAUAAGAAUUGGGACUCCAAGCUGCAUGGUGGAAUUCUUCGAAUAUUCCCAGAAGGGAAGUCCUAUGUAGCAGAUGUUGAGCCGAUUUUUGACCGACUACUUUUUUUUUGGUCAGAUCGAAGGAAUCCACAUGAAGUCCAGCCUUCUUAUGCAACCAGAUACGCCAUGACCGUGUGGUAUUUUGAUGCUGAAGAAAGAGCAGAAGCCAAAAAGAAGUUCAGGAACUUAACAGAUGCGAGGAAGAGAGAAGCACCUCUUAAUGAAGACUAAUCAACUGUUCAUGAACUCUUUUGAGGAAAUAAGAUCCCAAAGAUGACUUCCAUUUCCAGCAAAUCAGGGCAAAACAUUUUUAUGCACGAGAAUGCACUGGUUGUGUCUAGGAUUGCAUCUUAUGCUGAUGGUACUUAAGGCAGCCUCCUGUUAUGCUGCAUCUGGUAGAAGAAGGACUUGUUUUCUCUUUGCCUUUCGCUGGAAAAAAUAACCAGGGUUAAAAAAAGAGUAUCUGAUACUCAAGCCUAGUGGUAGUGGCUCAGCCAAUUGGCUUUUGAUCACUCUUGUAACUAAGGUAAUGGUCAUUGGAACUAGUGGUAAAAAACUGAGUCUUAUUUGCACUUUAUGGGGAAAAAAAGUUCUAGUUCAAUGGGAAGAAGCCUUGCAAGUUUAAAAUCAGUUGUCAGACUGCUAAUGGGCACAGAGAGAUACUGGACAUGGGAAAUUAAAUUGGAUAUUUGUAGAGGGCCAUUUUACAGUCUGUCCCAAAUGGACCUGUUGAUGUAUUGUUCAUCAUUUUGCUGUGCAGAACAUUGGUUCAGCUCUUUGGUAACAUGACUUCCCAGAUGUUUGUCUACACAGUCAUUGCAUUUUCUGGAUUUUGUUUGCUAUUCAGGAGGCACGUUCUAGCUUUGCAGCUGUACUGCUUUCUGUCCCAUGAUUGAGGGGAAAAUUGUUAUGUAUCUGUUCACAACUUCAUAAAACUAAUUUUUUUUUCCUGUUUUGAGCAGGAUGGGUUGUAUGUUUUCUAUUUUCACAGUUUGGUAAAACAGCUGUUUUCUCCCAAAAGUCUGGUAAACUGGGAAGGCUUACGGCACACAAUGCAUUGGCCCUUAAGGCCAGUGAUAUGUAGAGAAGUGUUUGCUUUGCGGCUUCUCCAUCUGCUGUGUUCCGUGUGACAUAGAUAUGAAUCUGAAAGGAAAUGUCUGGCAGUGUGACAAAUAUAUGAUAAAUAAUGGGUAACUUAGACUUGAUUUUAUGCUGCAUAUUCUUAGUGAACACACUUGUUUAAUUUUGCAUGCAUAUGUAAUUUGAAUGAAACAGCAAUUCAGUUUCAUUUGAUCCAUUUCAGUGACACCAGGUAACUACACUGCUGUGCCCAAGCUGUGAGAUCAGAGUUGCUCAAUGGCAAAGCACACUUUUUUUUUCUCCAUUAUAUUUUUAAACUUACUGGACUCAGUGAGUAACUGGUGACCUAUUUCCAAACUGUCUAAACUUCUACAACCAGCACUUACCAUGCAGUUCAGAAUAGCUAUUAAUGAAGCUGGGAGCUGGCAGUAGAUGUAUUAUCACUUACACUAAUUGUUCUCAACCUAAUACACUCGCAUUCAUUUUUAUCUCAUGCUGUCAGUGUGUAUGUCAGACCCUACUAAAUGUUCCAAACAGAUGCCCCCUUCAGUGUCCCAUAUUUUCCUGUGCCACCUGCCCAUGGUGGUGAAGGUGGUCUGUCUGAACUGCUGGCCCCUGCACCUCUUCCCCACGCUCUGCUGGGUUGUUGUGCUGGGAUGGGCUGCACUUGAGCUGGGGAAUGGAAACGUAGUGUCCAAUGACAACUAUUAAACGCCAGUGACAGAAAGGUAGCAGCUGCGUAGGACAGAAAAGGAAUAACUUUCAUGACAUAAAAAAAUAUAGUAGAAAAUGGGGUAUUUGUUAAAGCAGUUUGGUAUCUUAAAAAGAGAAGCUGAGCAUUGUUAAGCCUGCCUGUGAAUGCUGAAUGUAAAUACAGCAGUGCUAAGAAACCUCUUAUUCUCUCUGGCUUCUCCCAGAGAUCCAGCUGUGGUCUUAUAGGCCUGAGCACUGUGCUCCCCCUAAGAGAGGAAUAUGAGGGAAUGUGUGUGACUAAUAUUCUUAGAGUUCAAGACUAGAAAAAGACAAAGAACGUGAUAAAUGUCUUUUAAUGUUCGGAAAAACAUUAUUCUACUACAGUUGCUUCUAAGUAACCCCAGAGAUUUGAAGGAAACUUAGUGAUAACUUGAAAUUCUCAUGCUGAAG